AUGGAGUCCGCGAUAGCGUGUAGCAAGAAAGCCGAGCGCAGGUCUACGCGAUCGUCGACCUCGAAGAAUCGGUUUUCGUCACGAAACACGCGCUCGGAAGCUUUCUACGCCGGCGUGGAACCGUUAUCCGUUCGACGCGCAUUGCAUAAUUCCACCGGCCCAGACCCAGAUACAAAUUCCGCUCCAAAUUCCAGCGGAUCGACGGAACGCGUUAGAAGGCAUCAUACUUCCGGUCGUCCGCGGAACCUGGACCAGAGCAUCGGGCCGGAACAUAGCCCGAAAUCCGGCAAACAACCCAGCCAGGAAACGUAUCAUACCGUUCCUCGAGACGUCGCGGUGUCUCGAAGAGAGAUCCUGCGAAGAUGCAGCAAGGAGAAGGAAAGCCCGUCGAAAAUGUCCGACGGUUCCCGUCAUCGUUGGAAACGAACCGUGGACGUAGACGAUAAGGAUCAGCAAGAGAGACCUAGAACCCUACCUUCCAUCGCUAAGAGAUCGCACAAAGAUCCCGGAAAGAUCGCGCAGUCGACUCUGGGUUACAGAAAGAUCUCUAGACAGGACAUAUUACGCAGACGAGCGAGCGUGGACGUGCCAGUCGGCAUCUCUCGCGGAAGAGGCCACGGAGAGGAGAAGGUAGAAAGUUCAGAGGUGAAAGGUGCCACCGCGAAGUCCUCCUCCAGUUUCCCGAAGAAUGUCCCGAGGCCGAGAAACCCUGGGUGGGGCAAAGAGGACGAGAGAGAGUCCAGGUCAGUCUGUGAUUUCCUGGCAGUCACCAGCAAGCUGCAGGACAUUACCCGCGGCCUUGUACCGAGACCGUCGACCUUGCCCAAGAUAAUUCACGCGUCGAGAUCGGCCAGAAUCGGUGAGGAUUGGGCCAGCCCUAGGCUGGCCAAGGAUGCGGUGAGGAAGGAGCCGCCUGUUUACGGGAGAAUACGCAGAAGAAAGACCUCGUUGCCGUCCAACGCGGGUACCAUCAGGAGUUCCUUGCUGUCACUGAACACGUUGACCAGGUAUCCGAAACCUGGCAGCAUACACGUGAGAGAAAGGGCUGUGGACGUGGAGUUUCGAACGACUACGAGACAUCUACGUGAUCCCGUACCUGACACGCCGUACUAUUCAGCGACGUUACCUAUCGUUGACAUGAGAACGAAUUCCCAGAGAAAUGCGAUUUACGCGAAAGUAUCUCGAAAAACGUCGAAGGGCCUUCAGAGCCACGAUAACAAGACUGAUUCGAAAGAUGGUGCUGACGGUAGGAUCGAGGCUGAGUUAGACUUUGGUCACAGGACCAUGUCGCGCAGGAGGAUCAUCGAGAACACCAGGGACAGCUACGGGGAACAGAGCAGCUCAAAAACCGAAGACUCUGUCGAAAUUCAAACAGAAUUUCACUCAGAAAGUCAUCAGUCGUAUCAGAGCAGGGACUUCGACGUAUAUGGGAGGCAGGAGCUGAACGAGAUCCAUGCUGAUCGAUCGAAAGAGACGGACACGGCUGCGACUGGUGGUGACAGACGGGAUUCUCGUUCGGAAAGCAUCUGGACCAGGUCCAGGGAUGCGGCUAAGAGCAGAUCGAAGUCUCAAAGCAGGCUGAUCGAAAACUUUCGCUCGACUCAACGAGAGAUCGGUGCAGCGACCAGGUUGGCGACCACUCUUCCCAGUUAUGUGAAAAGUUCGAGAAAGUGUUCGACCGAAAGCCCGCCAGGGAUCGGCUGUCAAGGAAAAUUGCCCAAGGAAUCGGGUAUCUCGUCGAAGCAGAGCAAAGAGAGAUCCAACUACGUGAAAAAGUCUGCCACCAGUCAUGUUAGGGCCUUUAGUGACGCUAAUAGCGGCCGAUCCAACUCGCCGGUCACGACAUCCUCGAUUUUUGGAUUCUGCACCGGUAAAAGGAAAAUUCUAUCUUCGUCCAACGGUGCAACGAAGGCUGAAAGUGUCUCGACGUACCCAACGUGGAACGUGGAAACGGGUGAAUUGGUGUGGUUCGACCCUGGUGUCGGCCACGUGUUGCCAGGAGAGGUUCUAGAAUAUCACAGGGCUGCCAACGUUCUCUCGGUGCAGGCAGUGAUCGCUGGAAAGCCUCAAAUCUUCACCCUCACUAAUCUGAAUGGAGUGAAACCAAGGCAGGAUCUUGGGCAAAAUGGAGUCGAAGAUAUGAUCCAGUUGACUGACUUGAACGAAGCUUCUCUAUUAUGGAACCUGAAGAUUCGAUACGACAAGGAGCUAAUAUACACCUAUACGGGAAGCAUCCUAGUGGCGGUGAAUCCUUAUAAGAUGUUCGACAUUUACGGCCUGGACCAAGUAAAACUCUACGAAGGACGAAUACUUGGCACCUUGCCUCCUCAUCUGUUUGCCGUGGGUUCGUCGGCGUAUAGUCAAGUGACUGCAGCAAAUAACGCCAGCGCGAAUCAAGUGGUUGUUAUUUCCGGUGAAUCCGGUUCGGGAAAAACGGAAUCCACGAAACUCGUAAUGCAGUAUCUAGCCGCUGUUAAUCGUGCACCGAACAAUCUCGUUACCGAACAAAUUCUCGAGGCGACGCCCUUGCUGGAGAGCUUCGGCAACGCGAAAACUCCGAGGAACGAUAACAGCAGCAGAUUUGGCAAAUACCUCGAAGUUUAUUUUAGAGAUGGAGUCAUCGUAGGAGGAAGAAUAACCCAGUAUCUCCUAGAAAAAAGUAGAAUAGUCACGCAAGCACCAGAAGAAAGGAACUAUCACGUGUUCUACGAGCUCCUGGCCGGUCUCGACCAGCAACUCAGGGAUAAGUAUGGUUUGCUGACCCCGGAUAAAUACUUCUAUCUCAACCAGGGUGGAAACUGCGAGAUCGAUGGCAAGAGUGACACCCAAGACUUCAAAGCCCUUCUAUCAGCGAUGCAAGUGCUAGGCUUCACGUCCGAGGAACAAGACACUAUUUUCAAAAUCCUCGCCAGCGUUCUACACCUUGGAAACGUGUAUUUUCAUCGGAAGCAGAUGAGGCAUGGCCAAGAGGGUGUCGAAGUCGGUUCUGACGCCGAGAUUCGCUGGGCGGCUCAUCUCCUUCAAGUCAACUCCGAUGGAAUCAUUAGAGCACUCACGACCAAAACGACGGAAGCAAGAAACGAGAGAGUGUUCACGGCGCUGAACAUAGACCAGGCUCUGGAUGCCAGAGACGCCUUCGCCAAGGCUUUGUACAGUUCCUUGUUUUCCUGGUUGGUCGCUCGCGUUAAUCACAUAGUGUACAAAGGGACCAAGCAGACAGCCGCGAUCUCGAUACUCGACAUAUUCGGCUUCGAGAAUUUCACGGAGAAUAGCCUGGAGCAACUGUGCAUCAAUUACGCCAACGAGAACCUACAGUUCUAUUUCAACAAGCAUAUCUUCAAGCUGGAGCAGCAGGAGUAUGCGAAGGAAAAAAUCGACUGGACGACGAUUAAUUACACUGAUAACCUACCGGUGAUACACCUUAUCGCCAAGAAACCAGUCGGGAUUCUCCACCUUCUGGACGACGAGAGCAAUUUUCCUAAAGCGACUGAUCUCUCCUUCUUAGAAAAAUGCCAUUACAAUCACGCCUUGAGCGAAUUGUACUCGAGGCCGAGAAUGAACUCCGCGGAGUUUGCGAUUAAACACUAUGCUGGCCAAGUUUGGUACAACGUCGAAGGUUUCUUGGAUAAAAACAGAGACACGCUGAGACCAGACGUGGUGGAGUUAUUGAUAAGCAGCAAAAUAUCCAUGGUGAGCAAGAUGUUCCAGCAUGUAAGGACCACCCACGAGGCUAACAAAACCAUGAACAAACCGAAUGGUAGAUUCGUAACCAUGAAACCAAGGACUCCAACCGUGUCUGCUCGUUUUCACGACAGCUUGCAGCAGCUUCUGGAUUCCAUGUCUCAAUGCAACCCGUGGUUCGUAAGGUGCAUCAAGCCGAACACGGAGAAGGCGCCAAUGAAAUUCGACAUGCCCUGUGUGCUGGAGCAAUUACGGUACACAGGGAUGCUCGAGACGAUUCGUAUUCGAAAAACUGGUUACCCGGUCCGACUUCUUUUUGGACAUUUCGUCGACCGAUACAGAUACCUGGUUUCCACGCACCUGCCUAGAGGAGCGCCGAAUAAGGAGCUUUGCCGCAUAAUUUUGGACAAAGCUGCACCGAAGGAAGCGCAGUCUCAGUAUCAGCUUGGUCUUACUAGAGUAUUUCUGCGGGAAUCCUUGGAGAGAACGUUGGAAUACAAUAGAGCACUGAUUUUGGAAAGGGCUGCCAUAACUGUACAAAGAUAUACCAGAGGGUUCCUUGCAAGGAGGAGGUUCCUCAACAUCUCAAGAAGCACCGUGCUGAUCCAAGCUGUUUAUCGCGGCUAUCGCGAGAGGAAGAAGUUCAAGUUGUUGAAGAAAGGUGUACUCAUGGCGCAGAAGAUAUACAGGGGAAAGAAGCAGCGUGAAAAGUUCACAGUGCUGAAAGAGGAGAUGGCGAAGAGAGCGGAAAUCGAACGUGCCAGUAAAGAAAGAGCUAAAGCGAAGCAGCAGAGAGAGGAACAAGAAAGGACAUCUAGAGCUGUGGCCGGUGUUAAUCUUGCUGAACUUGCCUUCAUCUAUAGCAAACUCGACGAUUGGCAGCCCACGCACACGGAGAGGAACCUUCUAAAAGUGGUCGGUCAAGUGAUACCCAUGCACCACAAUUACAGUCUUCCAAACGACAUCGAUCAACAUCAAUUCUCCAAGUUCACGAACAUCUACUUCAAGAGUCACAUCUUUGGCAUGAAACGGGAACCUAUAAAGACACCGUUCCUGGCGAAGGCUCGAGAUCAAGAUUACACGGACUCUCUGAUGAUCUUCAAGAUGAUCCUUCGUUUCAUGAACGAGAACAACUUGAGCGGCAAGAGGGAACAGGCAUUGGGUGAUUAUAUCGUGAACAAAGGAAUCGUCAACGAGAAACUGCGAGACGAGAUCUUAUGUCAACUAGCCAAUCAAACAUGGAAGAACGAAAACGACGCGAAUAAGGAAAGAGGAUGGCUGCUGUUAUCGAACUGCCUGUCAGCCUUUCAGCCUAGUCCCACUCUGUUCAAGUAUCUUCUUAAAUAUGUAUCUGAUCAUGCAUACGACGGCUAUAAAGCUUAUUGCCAGAGAAAACUUUUGCAAGGAGAGAGAACUAUAUUUAGAAUAAUGAGUAACAACCAACAAAUCGUUCAUCAUAUACCGAGGAACUACCCUCCUUGCGUAUUGGAAUGGAGAGCUAAUAGAAAUCGUGUUCACAUGGCUUUAGGUGUAGGAUUUUAUGACGGUGAAACGGUCACCUGUGCGGUGGACUCUUGGACAACCUGUGAAGAACUAGCUAACCUAGCCGUUCAUAAUCACGGUGUCGACAAUUCUGGAUGGACAAUUACCUUGUGGAAUCAAUUGGAUGGCCCAGACGCCAUUGUAACAGAGACCAAUGGCUUCGACUAUGUCUUAGAUUUAAUUUCAGAGAUGGAACUAGCACCGGCCUUCCCUGCUGCUAAACACAUGUUCCUGGAACAGCGAAAGAACAGCUUCCCCCCUAUUAAAAAGAGAGAACACGCUCACAUAAUUCGAGAGCUAGAGCAGGAAAUAGAACCACCGGUUCUAAAAACGUUCCAGCCCCUUGAGCGGAAACCAGUACCGAAGGUUAUGGAUAAACCUGUCGAACCAGAAAUUCAAUCGCCGAGAAGACCGGCUGUUCCUCCACCGCAGCCGCCUGUCACGAAGCCAUCGGUACGGAAACAAUCUCACGAGGCUAUGUUAGAGAGCACAACGGAGACUGGUCUGUCGCGCAAAUCCGCUCUGAACGACAGAUACUUCGAGAAGGAGAAGCAACGUAGCCGUAGUCUGGACAAUCUGCUUCAACCCGAAGUGGUGUCCUCUCCGGUGAAAUUAGCUACCCUCGGAUUAUCCUCGUCGAAAUUGAACGAACGCUACCACAGCCUGGAAAGAAUCGGCGAAACAUCCGCUGUGAGCAACGUGGAGUAUAUGACGAGGAACGAAAUCGCGCAGGAGAGAAAGUACAGCAGGAUCACCAGGACAACCGAACCGAACAUCGAAGAGGAAGACUUGACGAUCGACUUCGAGUAUCCUGACAUCCAAUCGGUUAGUCAAACUGGAAGGUCUGAAGAUGACAAGAGUAGUUACAUCAGGUCGCAGACUAGGUUUAUCAAAUCUCAAUAUCCUGGUAAACGAGCACUGCCAGGUAGCCAAUCGAGUCGUGCCUAUAUCGAGAAGAGCGAAUACGGUGUCAAGUCCUCGGCCAUGUCUGACACGAGCGAAGCUCCUUCCCUGGCGUCGCACGUGAGACGAGUCAGGGUACCUAGUCAAGCGUCAGACGUGGAUCAGUUCCUGGACGAGCUGUUUAUGCCGGUUCUGGAUGGGAACUUGGACGAGUUGUCUGACGCCAGGAGCCUGGCUGCUAGUAUUAAAGGUACAAAGGAUGACAGGUCACAAAGCGGUGCCAUAAUCCUUGAGAAUUUAGAGAAGCACUUGGAGAAUCAGGGACAGGUAAAAGAACUGAAAACUGUGGAAGAUUUCAUCGAAACGAUGAUAAAGCGCGACGAGAAUGAAAUCAUCACAGCGAAAGAAUUAUCUGCGAAGAUCAAAGGCGGCGGAAAUAUGGAUAUACCGAAUCAGAACGCGAGUUUUAACUUUGGUGGCAUUACGCCGGGGAUGAUGUCGCCGCCGAUGAUGAUGCCGAUGUUCAGUGCACCGCAGCAAGUGCCCCCAGCGCAGAGUACCAAUAUGAACAUGGGUCCUGGAUUCAUGCCGAUACCGAUUUACAGCAUGCAGGGGCUGAGUCUUCCACAGUACCCGAAUUCACCGCCUAGUCAGAACAACGACAUGAUGGCUUAUCAACAGAACUUGCAGAGAGCGUUUCUGCAGAGUGCCAUGGCGCAGAAUAUACAAAUCCAACAACAGUUGUUGGCGCAAAAUCAGGCCUUGCAACAGCUGCUUGUGCAGAGUCCUCAAAAUUCGUCGCAGCAGCCGGGCACGGUGUUGUCCGCAGGCCCCUCCAGUAUGAAUCUUGUCCCCCCAGCCCCCCAAAACGGUGCCCAAAUGGGGCCCAAUGAUUCUAUUGGACGCUACUCCAAGGUAUCCUUUCGAGAGCCAGAGGAUGGCGAACUUUGGUCGACAGAGAAACAAGGGGCGCCAGCACAGUCAUCGGCUAAUAAUCAGCGGCAGGAAAUGACGGUGAAAGCUCAAAUUCAUCGAUCCCAAAGUCCACCGCGGAAAAACUCUGAGAGUGUCAGGAAAACUAGCGUGGAAUACGCGGUGAGAAAAGUUAGCGUCGACAGAAAAGUUGGUGACAAGAAGUCAUCGACUGUCACGGAUCCUAAGAGGCCAAACACGAACAAGAACAACGUACAAAGCAAUUUCACGAACGUGUUGAGCGAAUUAAAAAAUCGUAAGAGCAGCGUGGACAGUAAUUUAUCGAAUUCGAGCAACAACAAGGGUGUACCACCACCGCCGCCGAUGCCACCACCCCUGGAAUCUCACGAUCCUUCGGAAUCGAGGCCUUUCCUCGACCCCUAUGGCAGAGCAAAGACAGUUCGAAUUGGCAAAUGGAGAUGGCCUCCACCGAGUGACUCGAACGAGAAUCAGAGUCAAGACAGCUUCAUAGAGUUCAAAAUGCGUCAGCAGCAACAGCAGCGUAAGAUCACGCCUCAGUAUCAAGAAUACAAUCAGGGUGACGGUGAACCGAUCACAGAGGGUGGUGUAGAGUGGGAGGAAUUUGAAAUUGAGAAUAUCGUGGAAAAUAACGAGAAGGCAGUGGUGACUCAUGCACCGCCUCCACUUAUCAAACACGAAAAUGGAUAUAAAGAAGAAGGGGAAAAGAAGAAGAAGAAGUCAAAAUCUGGAUUAGAGGUAGGUGCACAGAGGCCAUCUCCGGGAAGUAUAGGGAAACUGAAGCUCAGUUCAGAAAUGAGGCAAAGAUUGGAAAAGGUAACGGCAAAUCAUAGCGUGAGAUCCACGAAAACCACCGAGAAACCUGCUCUUCCACGCGAAGAUGGUAAAGUGAAACGCUUAGAGGACAACAGGAAACUUCUUCUUGAACAGCAGUUAGGAGGACGCUGGGACGAUUAUGCAUCCACGGCUGAUGACACGCAAAGCGUGACUUCGAAAGGCACGACGGACAUGAUGACUCAAGCGCAAGUUGUCAGAACGCAGAUCGAAAGAAUGGAGAGGCCUGUGCCACCUCCGCUUCCGGUCACACCUCCGCAACCCCCAAGUCCACGAGGUGGAAGCAUGUACAGCAAUAGUCAAUCGGGAGUACCACAACCCAGAUCACCUCCAGCCCCAGUCGAACCAAAAACACGAGAUUCCUUCAGAACAUCCCCCGACUCGGAGGCCUUCGAUCACUUUACCAAGACCCAACGCGACAUGUUCAGCCAAAGCCGAGACAUAUUUGCAUCCCAGCAGCAUCUGAGAGAAAAUCACGAGUACAGAAACGACUUCGACAAGUCCCGAUCUCAGGAUCAGAAGUCCAAAGACUUUUAUGGAAAGGACAGCACAGACAUAGCCAGUUCAGCCAGAGACAGAAGUUCCGACUUUGACUCUCGUCGUGACUUGAACUCAGACAUCUUCGAUCCGAAAUACGCUAGGGAUAUAUUCGAGAACUCGAAUUCUAAGAGAGAUCCAUUUGGAAUGACCAGAGACGUGUCGCCAAAAUCGAGAGACAGCUUUGGUAUGCCAUCAUCGCGAGACUUUGGUCUAAUGCCGAAUACGAGGGAAUCCUUCGCGGCUGCUCGGCAAAGUUUCAAGAAAUUAGAUCGAGACGUUGACAGGAGAUCUAGCGUUGCCUCUACUCAUCGUACAGACAAGAUGGAGAGGAUCGAGAUCGAGGAAUGGCCCGAGUUCCUCAGACCAGUAAUGCCACCAGCGGAGAAGCCAGAGAUAGAAAAGGUCCAAGAGGUAGUGAACACUAAGCUCUAUCCUCAGACGUCCACUGCUCAUUUCACGUAUAACAGAGUCACCUGGACGCUGAGGGUGAAGAAGGAAGUGUUUGCACCUAACGAAACCUUGAACAGCCCUCUGGCCCUUCAUCUGGUAUUCUGUCAAGUUGCUUACGACGUUCUUGCUACGUCUAGCAUCCGAAUCACGAAAGACGAUAGGCAAAAUAUGCUAAAGAUGUUGGACAAUUAUGGCAUCACUCUGGAUAAUCUGCAGAGCACUCAGCACAAGAUCACUAUCAAGAAGAACGUCGUGGACAUGGCCAAACAAUGGCCACUGUACUUCGCCAGGAUAUUCCCAGUAUCGAUUGGCCCUCAACAUCCAGAAACCCAGCACGUGGCAGUCUCCCAUCACGGUCUUCGACUCAUAAAACGUACACCAAAUGGCGACUUAGUCAUUUUGGAGACAUUACCUCUGGAGGACAUCGUCUCGGUGAGUUCUCCAAGGGUUGGCGUGUGCGUAAUGCAAAUUGCGUCUGGAGUCAGGCUACCCUUGCACACGAAUCGAGCACCACAGUUGACAGAGAUGAUCGGCACUUACAUCAGAAUGGUCGAUCAGAAGCCGUUGCAUAAGCCAAAUCAUCAUGAGAAUCAUGUAUCUCAGAUUACAAAAUCGAUCCAGUCACAAGCGAAUCAUAGUACUCCGAAUCAUGUUCAAUCCCAUGGUCAGCCUAAUCAUGUCAUCUCAAACCACGAGAACCACGUGUCUGCCAGUCGUGUGCCGAACCACGUGUCGGCGACGAACCAGACGAAUCAUCAGAAAAACCAGCAAAACCAGCGGCUCAGCCCGAACCAGGAAUGGCGGCAACCGGAAGACAACGGCAGAUUGCAAGAAGAUGGCAUCUACGAGAGCGGGCCAGUCGUCAACGACGGAAAACACUCUCUGUUGCAGUACGCCAUGCUGAACUUUAGACAAAGCACAGAGAAGUUUGAAAUGUUGAAAACAGCAGAUGGAUCCAUAAGUGGAUCUCUUAAGGUGAUAGAAUCCCUGAAAAGUAAAAAGAAGAAUAAGAAAAGCAAAGGUCAACAGGAUGGUGCAGAAUGGACUUGGAAGGAGCAAGUGGAUCUUGUAAAAUACUCUGCCGUGCCAAUAGAGCAAAGUCUUUUGAGACUGGAUGCAGAUUUAAGUGCCUUGGCAGUGGAAUGCUUCUUAUGUCUGAUGAGAUACAUGGGUGAUCAACCGUUACCUCCAGAUACUAGUGAAGUAAAAUGUGUUUACACCAUUUUGAUGCAUUGUCACAAAUAUGAACUACUUCGUGAUGAAGUUUACUGUCAACUGAUGAAACAGACUACAAACAACAAGAGCCCAAAUCCAGAUAGUUGUCAACGUGGCUGGAGAAUCUUCAGUAUCGUUGCUGCUUAUUUCACUUGCAGCGAUGGUCUGAGACCUUACCUUACCAAAUAUCUGGAAACUGCAGCUUAUGAUAAGAGGAGAGCUUAUCAUGGAACAGCCACAGUGUGUCUACAGAAUCUUAGAAAGACAGUUAAAUAUGGAGGAAGAAAAAAUGUGCCAAGCGUGGAUGAGAUUAUGGCAAUCAGUGCAGGAAGAAAUGCAAAGAGACAGAUAUACAGAUUACCAGGUGGAACAGAAAGAGUAAUCAACACCAAAUGUACAACUGUUGUACAGGAUGUUAUCGAAGAGAUGUGCAACAUAAUAUCUGUAAGAAAUCCUCAUGAAAUGGAUGAAUUCUCGUUGUAUUGUAUCGUCGAUGGUGAUGCAUUUACUAUGCCUUUAGCUAGGGAUGAAUAUGUACUAGAUGUAACUACAGAACUACAUAAAAAUCAUCAAGUUUUUUAUUUAAUAUUCUGCAGAUCUGUAUGGUAUUAUCCUUUAAGACUGGAUGCACCACUGUAUAUAGAAGUCGUAUUCAAUCAAAUUGCUCCAGACUAUUUGGAAGGUCUUUUAUUAGUUUUACCUGGUGAACAUUUACCUCAAGAAGUCAUAUAUGACAUGGCACAAAUAGCUGCUCUUUUACAUAGGGCAGCAGAUAUGACCCAUGAACCAACAACAAAAGAAAUAAAAUAUUUAUUACCAAAACCAGUGCUUAGUUUAAGAGAACCACGACCACAACAGUGGUCAAAUAUGGUUCAGCAAGCAUGGAAUAACGUGCAACACAAUACAGUAGCUGCUUGUAAAGCACAGGUGCUUGAAAUUCUGUGGAAGUGGCCAUUGUUCGGAUCUAGUUUCUUUGCUGUGAAAAGGGUUCCUGAAGGAAAAGAAAAGGGUGGUGAUCAUAUUUUGGCACUUAAUAGACAUGGAGUACAUUUUAUCGAUUUGAUCACACAUGAAACCCUUUAUCAUUAUCCCUACUCUGAGGUAAUCUCUACCAGAAAGGUAAAAUCUGAAGAAGGAACCCUUUACCUUGACAUGAAGUGUGGUAAUUUGAUGCAACAACGAAUCACGAGACUUCAGACUGAACAGGCUCACGAAAUUUCGCGACUAAUUAGACAAUACAUUACCAUGGAACAAAGAGCCACCAAUGCUCAAGGUGCUGGCAUUGGGUUUGGCAUGAGAUAAGAUUCUGGAUCUGCAUUCUGUAUUUUAGAGUCAAAAUUUUAGGGGCAUACAUUGUUUUUGUAUUACCUAAUUGGGUAAAUAAUACUGUAAAUACGUAUUUAAGAAAAACAAUUCCGAAAUGAAUAAAACAAGGAAAGGAGGAGAGAAGACAUUCCAAAAACUUUGAUAUAGAGUUCUUUAACAUCUUUAGACAAGUUGAAUCAGAAGAAAAAUUGCUCAUAGCGUUCGAAAAUUUCGAAGAAGUGUCAGUAAAAUUACAUUUAUUUCAUUGCUAUUUAUUUAUACCAGAAGCAAAAGAUUGUAAAAUUUCGUAUCGAAAAUGCAAACUAGAUGAGGAAUGUAGUUUGAAAUCUUAUUGACUUGUAUAUAUAUAUAUCUAGUUAGAGAUGAGAAACAACUAGAAUUGGCAGAAACAGAGUUCAUCCGAUAUCACUGUCAUAGAUACAACUGUUGUAACUAUCUCUCAGAUCGUGACAAUGUAUUUCACAUAUUUCUUCCAUAAACCUCGACGAAUACACCAAAAUGUAACAAACUUAAAAGAUAAGUCACAAGUUCAUACCUCGAUAUAAAAGGAAGAUGGAUGAUCAAGAAUACUGCAUGAAAAUGGACAUAUGAUGAUGGACAAUUCAAUGACAUUCCAGUGUUCAAACUAUCAUUUCAUAAAAUAAGACAUUCUAGUUACACAACAGUCUUAAUAAUGAGAAUAUCUGAUUAUCUUCUUCAUUAACGUGCAUUAAUUUUAUAUAUAACGUUAAGGAAGAAAAAGAAGAUGAAGAAGAGGAACGAAUGCUCAAGUAUCUAAGCAAUUAUUCUCAACUCUGUAAAUACGCGUUUAGAAACGUUUAGAGAAAGAGAGAACUGCGUGAAAGGUUGGACGAGAGAACGACGGUUCUGUGAAUGGAAAUAUAUCGAUAUUAUAGCUCAUUAGCAGCUUUUUAAAUAAGAUUCGAUGGCAGGACACGUCGAUACUCUCGAUGGCUGCUGCGUCUUCCGGUUGAUUUCUUUCUCUUUCAGUUCCAGUGAGGGCAAGUUUCUUCUAGUUACAUUUGAUAAUCGAAGAAACUGUCAAUCACAUUGAAUGAUAAGUAACAACUUUCGAUAUCGAAUAGAAUCGAUUUAUUUAUAUAACAAGCGUAAGAAAAAGAAACGAUACGGUACACGUAAAAGUUAAUGUAAAUCCAAUUAAACGCUAAUAUCUUUAACGAGUACGUUCUGAUGGAGACUAACAAAUUGCGGUUAUAUGUUUAUCACAAGGAGACAUUAUUAUUAAUAAUUGUACGUAUGCGUAUCGAUGUGAACGGAGGUGUUAAAACUUUAUAUUAAAAGUUUCUACAUAUACGAAAAUAAUCAUGUGUCUGUGAAGUUCCCUUGUCUUCCUCCAAAAUUAUU